AAGGUCACACUUCAAGGUGAUUCGGAAACUCAAGGUCACACUUCAAGGUCACUAGAAAACUCGAUGUCACGAUUCAAGGUCACUCGGAAACUCAAGGUCACACUUCAAGCUCACUCGAAAAACUCAAGGUCACACUUCAAGGUCACUCGGAAACUCAAGGUCACGUUUCAAGGUUACAUUUCAAGGUUGGCACCGAAGGUCAGCUCUUAAGGUC